AUGAGCAUGGUGCACCGCGUGUUUGGAUUGGAUGUCCAGGUCGCGGCGCCCUGCGACGACGAGGCAGCCGCGGGCGCGGGCGCCAGCAAGGGCGCGGCGGCCCCGCCGCCGGCCGCUGCGGCGGCGGGCGAGGCGGGCCUGGUGGACGCGCAGCAGUUUGUCAAGUUUGCCCACUUUGUGCACGCGAAGGUGCUGCGUGAGUGCUACGACAUGCUGUUUGACGGGGCUUUCUCAGACAUCCUCUGCGCCUCCGAUAUCCAGGAGGAGCCCCCACAGCAGCAAGGCCAGCAGCAGCAGCAGCAGCAGCAGCAGCAGCAGCAGCCGGCCCUCCUCCAGCCCCAGCCGCUCCACCCGCAGCCGCUGCAUCAGCCGCGCGGGCAGCAGCAGCAGCAGCAGCAGCAGCAGCAGCAGCAGCAGCGGCACCCGCGGCACGCAAGCGGCACGCGGACGGUGCUGCUACGGCGCCCCAAGGUGUUCACACUGGCGCUGGUCUGGGAUUCUCCCCAGGCCCCGGUGGACGCACUCCAUGGCACCAUAGACGCGCUCGGCCCCGAGCUGGACCUCAUGCGCGCGUUCGGGGGCGUCGCGCCGGGGCCCGCCCACCAGCUCAGGUGCGUCGUGUGCUACUUUGGCCACCACUACAACGCGUUCUGCCUGUCAGAAGAGCUGGGCCAGUGGCUGCUUUUCGACGACGACCGCAUCUCCCUGGUGGGCGAGUGGCCCAGGGUGCAGGCCGCCAUGAAGGCCGCGCGGCUGCAGCCAUCGCUGCUGCUCUACGAGGCCAGCGCGCCCCCCGCGGGCGGCCCGGAGCCGUGA